CUUCCUCCAUCUCCUCCUGCCCCAGCACAGUCUACUCCGAGGCCGGUUGAAGCGCCCGCAACCAAGGAGGGGAUGGUGACUUUGGAGUACCAGAGGAGGGUGGCAGAGGAGCUGCAGGACUACUUCAAGCAGAAGAAACUGGAGGAGGCAGACCAGGGUCCUUUCUUUGGUUUCUUGGGCAAGAAUGAGAUAAGCAAUGGCAGGGAAGGCAUUUUCAAGAUGGAAUUAGAGGCGUUCGAGUGUUGUUCCACAAUUUUGGAUUUAGUUUCCGUCACCCAAGAAUGUGAUGUAUGUCAGAUGAGCGAUAUUCAGAUUUGCAAUAGGACUGCUGACAGAGUAUGCGACCGGCACGAGCUUCGUUCAACAGCUAAAGAUCCUUAUCUCCAAUUUUGGAAUCAUUGACUUGGAGUGAUACUUCAAGAUCCAGCCCCGCAUAAUUUGAAUGAGUCAACAUGAACAAGUUUUCCUGCAACCAAAUUGGUGGCACUAAAUGUUGAUCAAAUCAGCUGAAACAAGAGAUACCUCAUGCUCAUAACUGGCAAAUGAAGUUAAAAAAGAA